UUUAGAUUUUACACUACGAAAACGACAUGUCGAUAUCAGACAGUGUAAAUUAUGAGAUUUUGAGGAAUUUUAUUGCUGGUGGUGUUGGUGGUAUAUUCUGCGUUGCUACGGGGCAUCCUUUUGAUACCGUGAAGGUACGGUUACAGACGAUGCCAAAACUGCUACCUGGUACUCGACCAUUAUAUACAGGAGCAUUAGAUUGCACCAGGCAAAUCAUUGUCAGGGAAGGAUUUUUCGCUUUAUAUAAGGGUAUGAGUGCUCCUAUUAUUGGAGUUACGCCUUUAUUUGCCGUUUAUUUUGGCAGCUGUUCGUUUGGUAAAUGGUUGCAGCAAACAUCUCCGGGUCAAGAGAUGACAUUCGUUCAAAAUCUGUUUUCGGGUGGCCUAGCUGGCGUUUUCACUACUGUGAUCAUGGUACCUGGUGAACGUAUCAAGUGUUUGUUACAGGUCCAGCAGGCGGGUUCUACAAAUCCAUCUUCAGAACAUUACACCGGAUCAAUUGAUGUCUUUCGGAAAUUAUACAAGCAAGGUGGUAUAAGAAGCAUUUACAGAGGUGCAAUGGCAACUUUACUUAGAGACAUUCCAGCUAGUGGCAUUUAUUUAGCUACCUAUGAACAUCUCAAAAAAAUUUUUGCGGGUGACAAUGCAACCAGAAAUUUGAGUCCAUUGUCAACAUUACUGGCGGGUGGUUUAGCAGGUAUUGCUAAUUGGUCUGUAUGUAUUCCACCAGAUGUAUUAAAAUCGCGUUUACAAACAGCACCAGAAGGGAAAUAUCCAGAAGGAAUACGUGGCGUAUUCAAAGAGAUAAUGCAUGAAGAAGGUCCAAAAGCGUUAUUCAGAGGUUUUACGCCGGUAAUGUUACGUGCCUUUCCAGCAAAUGCUGCAUGUUUUCUGGGAUUCGAGUUAGGCCUAAGUUUUUUCAAUUUCAUGGAAACGAAAUCUAGUUAAUUUGCUUGUAAAAACAUUGCAGGAGCAUCCUCUUUAUAUACA